AGGGUACCGACCCCUCGCAGGAAAACCAUUGCGAUCUGCAUAAAUUCGUAAUUUGAUUUUCAUCAGAUUUCGUUGCAAAUGGAACGGAAAAAAUAGCCAUUUCAUCUGCGGACGUUUUGGACUUUGAACGAAGAGAGAGGGGGAAAAAAAAAACCCUAGAUUUCGCCAUCGCAUGGAUGCCAAGGACAUUCUCGGUUUGCCCAAAAUCCCUUUCUCUGUUGCUCAGGAGAAGAAACCUCGUCCGCAGAAGGAUUCUCAGAGAAAACCAGAUGGCAUUUCUCGAGAGGUCUAUGCGCUUACAGGUGGUUUGGCACCCCUCAUGCCUUCUAUAGACGUCUCUCACUUGAAACGGAAAUCUCAACCGGACAAUGAAAAGAUCACUUGGAGGUGGCUUCCUUUCACAUCUUCAGCUCGAACAGAUAACUUGCAGCUUUGUCAUUGGGUCAGAAUUGUAAAUGAUGUUCCACCCACCGGUGACUAUUCUUUUGCCAAGUAUAACAAGUCUGUAGACAUUGUCAAAUACACUGAAGCGGAGUAUGAAAAGUGUUUGACUGAUCCUAUGUGGACCAAAGAAGAGACAGAUCAACUAUUUGACUUGUGUGAUAGGUUUGAUCUACGUUUCGUUGUUAUAGCUGACAGGUUCCCUUCACCUCGAACUGUGGAAGAGUUGAAAGAUCGUUAUUAUUCUGUAUCUCGAGAAAUUUUUCUUGCUAGAGAUGCUUCUUCUGCUGAUGUCGCUGGUAAUCCUCUUGUUAAGGAACCAUACAAUGUUUUACAAGAAAUUGAGCGCAAGCGUGCACUGUCAAUGGUUCUUUCUCAAACAAAGCAGCAAGAACGCAAGGAUGCCGAGGUUCUUGCUGAAGCAAAGAGAAUAACUGAGUCACACAUGAUUGAAAAGGGUGCUGAAGAAGCUGAGUUGCAUGUGAUGUCCACUGUUGGUGCAGAAAAUACAGAAAGGCCUAUUAUCGAUGUUGAAUCUGUGCCACCAUCUUCCAACAAUCAGCUUCCAACUGCAGCUGUUGCACUUCCAACAGCAAAUACUGAUGGUACUUCUACUCCAGCUUCUCUUCGCAUGCUUCGGGUGUUUUUGAGAACCCAUGUGCUUGAUCAAAUGGUGCAAGCUGCAAGCUCAUCUUCUGGACUUCGAACAGUGAAGAGGGUUGAGCAGACUUUACAAGAUCUUGGGGUUAAUGUAAAACCAAAAAUUCUAACAAAAGCUGUUUGCGCUGCGCAUCUUGAGUUAAGGAAGGAGAUACUGACUCUCCUGAAUAUCCAGAAACAGUUGCAAAAUAAAGAGGCAGAAGCUUCAUCACUUCGUGACAAUUCAUACACCGACAUUCCAAGUACUCCCAAGCAGCGUGUACAUCAUGGUGUGGAUCAGGAUCGUCUGUUCAUUCCCGAUUCUCUUAGUUUUGGAGGAGAGAGAAUUGGCAAGCGUGACCAAAAGCGCAAGGCUCCUGGAAGAUUUUCAGAAGCACUGCCGUCGCCUCCUCAGUCUAAGAGGCCUCGAAAGUUAAAGGCUUCUGAUGAAUAAUUUAGAGGUAAAUAAGUAAUUGGGAAAAGUUAGUCCAAGCAGCCCACCUG